UUAGAACAUCACAAGUUUGUGAAUUGCAAGUAGAACUCACUAAAUUAUCACAGCCUAACAUGAACUUCAAAGUAUUCACCAUUUUCAUUGCCUUUGCUUUGAUGGCUAUCGCAUCAGAUGCAUUGCCCAAUCCACAAGAACAGCGACCGGUCAAUUUGGAAACCGAGCCAAGGGGCUCCAGCCAACCGGAAAAUUUUCCAGAGCUACCUCAGCAGUACAUCACUUGUGAUAUAAUUGGCUCAAAUGCUCUCUGCGCUGUUCAUUGCAUUGGUCGCGGCUUUAAAGGUGGAUACUGCAAUGACAAAAAAGUGUGCGUCUGCCGCAACUAACUUCUGUUUAGCAAGCAUCCCAUCAGACAACUCGGCAUAGCUCGUUUAUUAGAUGUUUUCUUUUCUCUUCUAUUGCCCGAAAAAUCGAAAAUCUUGGUUUUUGAAUACAAUGUAACCGUACAAACAAGCAAUAAAGACAUUUUUUGAUCAAUUGAAGGAGAAAAA